CAAUGGACACACACUUCUCCCUCCACCUCAUCUCGACCAGCUUCAUCGACACGGAAUCAAAGAAUCAAACUUCAUGAAUAUUCAAAGUUUGCGUCCUGGGCGGCUGACAAGAGGAGGGAGGUCCACGGAGGUGCUUUCCUGCGUUUUCCACAAAUCCAGCUUCCAUCGAACAGAGGUCGACUCACUCUCCAGAGGAUAAAUCACCGGGCUGGUGCGGCUUCUAAAUCCGUCUCCUCGAUUCAGUAGCUGGUUAGAUUUUUUUUUUUUUCAUUAAAUUUUUAGUAAAGUCGUGCCUCUCUACCUCUUGGAUCAUCGGAACAUCUCCAAAAAUGUUGCUCGAACACCCGGGGUCAAGUUGUCAGAGCACCGGGAAUUUCUCUCGGUACAGUUCGGGCCAAGAGAUCCCAGUGUGCGCGGGCUGCAGUCAGCACAUCGUGGACCGCUUCAUCCUCAAGGUGCUGGACCGCCAGUGGCACAGCAAGUGCCUGAAAUGCAGCGACUGCCAGGCUCAGCUGGCGGACAAGUGCUUCAGCAGGGGCGACAGCGUCUACUGCAAAGAGGAUUUCUUCAAGAGAUUCGGGACCAAGUGCGCCGCGUGUCAGCAGGGGAUACCGCCCACACAGGUGGUGAGGAGGGCGCAGGACUUCGUCUACCACCUGCACUGCUUCGCCUGCAUCGUGUGCAAGAGGCAACUGGCCACAGGGGAUGAGUACUACCUGAUGGAGGACAGCAGGCUGGUCUGCAAGGGCGACUACGAGACCGCCAAACAGAGAGAAGCAGACUCGACCGCAAAAAGGCCACGAACAACCAUCACAGCCAAGCAGCUGGAGACACUGAAGAACGCCUACAACAACUCUCCCAAACCUGCACGCCAUGUUCGAGAGCAGCUAUCGUCCGAGACAGGCCUGGACAUGCGAGUUGUGCAGGUUUGGUUUCAGAACAGACGGGCUAAAGAGAAAAGGCUGAAGAAAGACGCCGGUCGGCAGAGGUGGGGCCAGUACUUCCGCAACAUGAAGCGUUCGCGGGGGAGCUCCAAAUCUGAUAAGGACAGCAUCCAGGAGGAGGGAAUGGACAGCGACGCAGAGGUGUCCUUCACAGACGAACCACCCAUGUCAGAGCUUGGCCACACCAACGGCAUCUACAGCAGCCUCAGCGAGUCUUCUCCGGGCUUGGGCAGCCGCCAAGGGGGCAACAACCACGGCUCCUUCCCCCUUGAGCACGGCAUCCUGCCCUCUCAGGACCAGUUCCACGACAUUCGCUCCAACAGCCCGUACGGCCUUCCUCAGUCGCCAGGGUCACUGCAGGCGCUACCCAGGCACCAGCCUCUCAUCUCCAGCCUGGUCUACCCUGAAUCUGGCCUUUCUAUCAUGACGCAGGGCAGCGGGCCAGGGAUCAACCCUGCCGUGAGAGUCUCCAUGGGGGCAGCCAACGGACCCAGCUCGGACCUCUCGACAGGCAGCAGCGGGGGAUACCCAGACUUUCCUGCCAGUCCUGCCUCCUGGUUAGACGAAGUGGACCACGGGCAGUUUUGAUUGGUCAUGGACAAGACAUUGGACAUUUUUUUCUUGGUUUUCUCUGUGUCUUCUGUUGGAUUUUAGGAAAUGGGCAGUGAUCGUGUUAAGGACUAGUCUGCUAUCCUUGACUUGGAUCUCACCAACAUCUGAUUUACAGGUAUUAGCGUUCAAUAUCUGGAUAGAAUGGGGGAGAGAGAUGCCCCUCCUCAAAGCACUUACAGUCUAACAGCCUAACAGUCGUCCGUCACUAGUGGAAGUGUAGAAAAAGAAAGGAAAUCUGUCAAAAUUGUUCCACUUUGCAGAUACCACAAUAAGCUUUUUUCAGAACAAUGUACAGACUCAAUCAUUUGGAUCUUCACACCCUCUUAUUCUCAUCUCCUCCCACUGCUAUCUGUUUUCGACAGUGAGUUCAGGUGCAGAAAUCCGUUCUAAGAUCAGAGUCUUUAAAUGUCUGGUUGUUGCCAAAUGUCUACAUAUAUAUAUAAAUAUAAUGGUUUAUCAUUGUGGAGACUUUAUUUUUAUACAAACCCCUUCUUGGACAUGAAUAAGAACCCAGAUGUGAGGACUUUGUACAUUCUUAAACAGGGACAUAGACAAAAAUGUAGAUGUUGUCUUAAAUGGUACCUAGGGGUCCAAUUACUUCUAUGCAUUUGUGUGUUCUCAGAUGUAUCUUGUUCGUUUUGUUCUACUGAAAACAACCCCCCAGAGGACCAACUGCUAUGGCACCCGGGGUCUGAUGUAUAUGUUUGUUUAUGUGGGGAAAUGUUUUAUGUCUUAUUUAUUCCUUCUGGUGAUGAUAAUGAUGAUGAUUCCUGAUUAAA